AUGAGCGAUCAACAGAAUCCCGCACCUCUCAAGGAUCCAUCGAAUAAGGAGUCGACUCUCAACGCUCCUGGCAACCAAAAUCCAUCGAUUGCCAGGCUCGCGAGGUCUUGGGGCCCUUACACACCUCCCGACAUGAGCUACUACGCUCUAGAGCACGAUGACCCAGUCUUGCUGGAGAAUAUCAAGAUGCUCAAAGAACUCACGUCUGAGUGCGACGAAGAUCCUACCGACCUCCUCGACGUUGUGAUGAGAGUUCCACCUAGGCUGAGCAAGUCGAUUGUUUACCUGACGGUUGGGCUCCUUCAACACCAAAAGCUGGUCGAAAAUUUACUCAUGGUGACCGAGCUGCGUGCUGAGAAUGAUGCUGGGCCCAUCAGAAACACAAAGAACGGCCAGAACGUGAAGAAGGUGAAGAAGACAAAGACAAAGACUAGAAAGUUGGCCGACAUCAAUGAGGACAACGAGGACGAUGAGAAUGGUGGUUCCAUGGCUCCCAAGGGUCUAGAGAAGAAUGGCCAGAAGAACGAAACAAAGGACAACAUGAGCAAAGCUUUUGGCCCCGCCGAGAGCAAUACUGUGGCCAACACCAAUCAUCUGGCGGUACCCAAGAGCAAAAGGAAGAAGGCGAAGAAGCAGAAGGCCGGCAACGCCAUUGGGAUUGCUGAGAGUAAUUCACAGCUCAACACCGACCAGCGAGCAGCCUCCUUGAAUACGAAGGCCACGGCAAAGCAUAAGAGUAGCGGAGGCUCUAGGACUAUUGAGAGUAACGCUGGAGCAAUCACCAAAAAAUCGACAGUCUCUAAGGGCAAGAAAGUCAAGGCAAAGGCGAACAUUGACAACAAUUCCAAGACCGUGAAGAACCACCCAGGAGCCAAUAUCAAACAGCAAGCAAUACCCAAGAACAAGAAUAAGAUGGCUAAGACCAACAAGAAAGACAGUGCCGCGGAAACCCAUGAGCAAGCUAAGAAGACGCAGCCCAAGAGUGCCCCAGAGUCGUCAAACGCGCAGAACAACAAUAAGGUCGAGAGUUCCCCCAAGCCCGACGAGGGUGAGAAGAAGGCAAAUGUCAGCGAGACAAUCGAUGGCGGAUUCUUCUCCGUCCUUGAGAUCGAGUGCAUGAAGAAAAUUCAGGGUCGCAUUGAACGCGGGAUCAGAGAUUGCCAGGAAGUGUGGACUGUGGUGCAACAAAUGGAGGAGGCGGCAGAGUCGGAGUGGGCCAAAGCCAGAAAGAUGCAAACCCAAGAACAGGCGGAGUGCUCCGCUAAGGGCGGUUAG